UUGGUCGAAUCCACCCUAAGCCAGCUAAUAGCAAAAGGAAACAAAGUUACUUUCAAGACUGAUGUGUGUUAUAUACAUAAUCAACGGAAUGAGCUUAUUGCAACAGCAAAUUUAAAGAAUGGUGUGUAUAAGUUGAAUACAGUAAAGUCAGAGAAAGUGUUGGCCGCAGCAGUUCAAACUACAGAUGCAGAACAGUGGCAUAUGAGAUUGGGUCAUAUUAACAGUAAUGAUUUGCAGAAGAUGAAAAAUGGUGCUGUAGAGGGUAUAUCAUUUGAUAUGAAGGCUGAUAUUCAGAAAAUAAACUGCCAGGUAUGUUGUGAAGGGAAACAGAGUCGUUUACCAUUUCAAUUACGAAACCAUAGAAGUUCAGAAAUGCUAGAUUUAGUUCACUCAGAUCUGUGUGGGCCUAUGGAGGUUCGAUCGAUUGGACAGGCAAGAUAUUUUCUAUUUGGAAUCAUCCAUCAGAAGACAAACCCAUAUACUCCGGAGCAGAAUGGUGUUAGUGAAAGAUUCAACAGGACAAUUGUUGAACGUGCAAGAUGUUUGUUGUUCGAGGCCAAACUGGAUAAAAGUUUUUGGGCAGAAGCAGUCAACACGGUAGUAUAUUUAAAAAAUAGAUCGCCAGCUUCAGGUUUGGACCAAAAGACUCCGAUUGAGAUAUGGACAGGACAUAAACCUGACCUCAGUCAUGUCAGAAUAUUUGGGAGCCCUGUAAUGACGCAUGUUCCUAAAAAUAAAAGAUUAAAGUGGGACAAGAAAGCAGUUAAAUACAUCUCAGUAGGAUACUCGGAAAAUGUGAAAGAUUACCGAUUAUAUAACCCAGAAACUAGAGAGAUAUGUACCAGUAAAGAUGUCAUUAUAAUGGAGCUAGAUACUACUGAGAUAGAAAUAAACGAAGGACAGUUGAAAGAACAGCAAUCAGUUGAACAGGAAAGUGACAAUACAUUGACAAAUCAGGAUGAUCCUACCUAUGUAUAUGAUUCAGAAAAAAGCACAAGUUCAACUGAAGGAGAGUUCUAUCAUACAUUAACUGAAGAAGAUCUAUCUGAAAAUGAAGAGCCUCCAUUGGUGGGAAAGCGUAUCAAAAAACCUCCUGAAAGAUAUGGUUUUACUAAUCUUUGUGUUUCAGAUGAACCAGAAUCUUGGGCUGAAGACAUAAGCUAUAAUGAAGCCACCAACGGUCCAGAGAAAGACAAGUGGCAGCAGGCUAUGUCUGAUGAACUUCAAGCAUUUGAGAAUAACCAAGCCUGGGAGAUUGUUAGUCAAGAAGAGGCAGAUAGAGUAGUACAGUGCAAAUGGGUGUUCAAGAAAAAGCCAGAAAACAAUAACAGUGUUAGGUAUAGAGCAAGACUUGUGGCGAAAGGUUACACUCAACAGCAUGGAGUAGAUUUUAAUGAGACCUACUCACCCGGUCUCAGGUAUUCUACACUUAGAUUAUUGUUUGCAAUAAGUGUAAAAUAUAAUUUUGAAAUCACUCAUCUUGAUGUAGUUACAGCAUUUUUGAAUGGUUUUUUAACAGAAAAUGUAUACAUGCAAGCACCUGCUAAUUUAAAUUGUCCAAGUAAUUGUGUUCUUAAACUUAAAAAAGCAGUUUAUGGACUGAAGCAGUCUGCUAGGGCAUGGAAUGCUAGAAUAAAUGAUUUUUCGAUAGAUUUGGAUUAUAAAAAGUCAGUAUCAGAACCAUGUUUAUACAGUAAAAAUGUAAGAAUGAGCAGAUUAUCAUUGCAAUAUUUGUUGAUGAUUUCUUUAUUUUUUCUAAUAGUAAGACUAUGA